AUGGCGGAUGAAAGUUUAAUUGAAUUUCUUCAUGCUGAAAUUGUCAAAUACGUAAUCGAUUCAAACGAUGAUAAGGUUAAUACAAAAUGCUCUCUUCAAAAAUACAUCUCUACUCUAGAAUAUUUGGGUUACAUAACAGGUUUCAGAAUUAUCGAAAGGUUAACCAGAGAAUGGUCACCAUUUAAAAAUGAAUUAGAAACGAUGAAAUUUUUAUGUACUGAUUUCUGGUCAUCGAUUUACAUGAAACAAAUAGAUAAUUUGAGAACAAAUCAUAAAGGAGUCUAUGUGUUGCAAGACAAUGCUUUCAGAUAUUUAGUUCACUUAUCCUCGCAAAAACAAUAUUUAGAAUUUGCUCCAAGGUUUGUAGCUUUUACAUGUGGAUUAAUCAGAGGAGCACUGUCAAACCUUGGAAUAACUUGUUUAGUUACUGCUGAAGUCGAUCAGAUGCCAGCCUGCAAAUUUCACAUUCAAGUUCAAAGAAGUUAA